AAGUUGUGUCAAGUUAUUAUUUCUCCUUGGAAGCUAAGAUCAAAUGGACGCCUGUUGCGCUUAAUUCAGAAUGAUUUACAGAAUAUGCUCCUGCGGCUGACGCCGGACAAAACUGAAUGAGUGUAGACGCACAAAAGAGUCUCUUGGCAGGACUGUGUGGUGCUUGUGCAACUUCCCUCGUAGUAACUCCUUUGGAUGUAUUAAAAGCUCGUCUCCAAGUACAACAGUAUUCGGUGUUGAGAAACCGUCACGCCUUGAGGGGUGUAUAUGCCGAACUUGUUAGAAGUGAAGGUUUGAAGGGACUCUGGAGAGGCUUGGGAGCUUCUUUAUUCCUAAUGGUGCCUACCACGGCUUUGUAUAUGACCUUGUAUGAUUCUCUGAAGGAGAAACUCAUUAGUAGGUACCGACAACAGGAGGAAAUGUCCAUUGUAUUGGCUGGAACAGUAUCUAGGUGUGUAGUGGUCACUAUUGGAAGUCCUCUGGAACUCAUUAGGACAAGUAUUCAAGCAACGAAAGGUUCUCCCUCUAUUUUGAAUAUGUGGAAGCGAAACGUAGAAUCCGCCGGUGUCAAAGGUCUUUUUCGUGGUUUAUCUCCAACACUUAUAAGGGAUGCUCCCUUUUCAGCUAUUUAUUGGGUUCUCUACGAGCGCUGUAAAUCACCUUCAAGUUUUCUUUUUCGGCUCACUGGCGGUAAACAUAGUUGGCUCGUAUUUCUUGUAUCAGGUUGCCUAUCUGGGAUGACUGCAGCUGCUCUUACGACUCCAGCAGAUGUGGUAAAGACGCGACGUCAGGCAAUGUUGAAUAGUCAAAAAUCUUUUCUUUUGCAGUCUUCUCCUUCAUUUAAUAGUAUCGGUUGUUGCUCCGAUUUAAAUGCAUCUUUCUGGAGUUGUGGCAAAGCAAUAGUAAAGUAUGAGGGUUAUAGAGGUUUAUUUCGCGGUCUGGUACCACGAGUUGCCAAAGUAGCUCCCAGUUGUGCAAUAAUGAUGACAUGUUAUGAGUUGUGUAAGACAUAUUUGAAUGGUCCUAAUUUUUCCAAUGAUGACACUUCAGGGGUUCAUGAUCCCUCAAGUGACUCGAACCUAGAUGAAUAUAUAGAGUGGUCAAUUUCAGAGUAUUGAUGUCAUAUAUCUUGUGACAUAGA